UUCGAAAUGGCACUGUCAGGAACGGAGAAAAGCCACAACGCAUCCGGUUCGUCAUUUGCUGUUUACCUGUGUAACAUUAACAGGGCAAAUGCAACAACAUCAUUAUUGUCAUCAUCAUCAUCAGCAGCAGCAGCAAAUAUUCAGGAAAGAACAUCACAAAUUAGUACAGAGGAGGAAGCUUUUGGAUUGAAACUCCUCUCAUCAUCACUUACAUCAGAGCAAGAAUGUCUGCUGCAAUUAUUCCUGAUAAGACGUCUGAAGAAAGGGGCUAUAUACACUGGGACAGGAAAUUUUUCUGGAAUGGAGUUUAGCUUGACAGAGAAACCAAGCUCACCAGCUGUUUGCUACUACAUCCUGUUACCCUGUGGUUCAAGGAAUACACAGUCAGAGCAAGCUUUAAUUUGUCUUCUUGCAGACACUGACACAAAUCUGGAAGUAUUCAGGCCAGAACUGACUCUAUAUUGUGAAGCAUUAGCACAAAGGAUUCCACAAAAUGCAACAGAAUUUCCCAAAGGACUGCAUGCAGAAUUAUCGACAUGGCUGGCAGACUGUGUUUAUUACGUGUGCCGUGUACUUAACGCUAUGGGAGAAGAAGUUGCAAUUCUUCUUCAGCUGGCACAGCAGAAUAGAAAAGUAAUGGGGAGUGAUAAUGUAGGUCCAAAAGCAGUAGCUGAUGUUCGAAGAUUCAUCUCUUCUUGUGCUGUUGUUCAAUACUUGGGCUCAAUUAAUAAAGCUGAAUCUACUGACAAUUCACCGGUCUUGUUGAAAACUGGAAGUCCUGGAGGAAAACUGAUAAUUGAUGAAGUUAACUGUAACUCAUACUGCAUGGACUGGGCACAGCGUCUGUUGUCUUUGGGUGAAAACUGUGAACCUUGGAAAAUCAGGAAAGUGCUGGAAGCAUUCAAAUUAAAGACAAUUAAGGACAUGAACACACUGAAAAGAUUCCUGAAACAAUCAGAAACAGAUCACUAUUCAUUAUACAGAGCAUAUACAUUCCUCCUCUCUUCGGGCAACAGUGAUAUUCUACUGAAGCAAGUUAAAAUGGAAGGGUCUUCAGCAGGGGAUGUAAUAGACGUACUCGAGCAACAUUUGAAUGAAAUGAGGCCAAGGCAUACUCCUAUACAUACUAUUACCUGAAUCAAAUGUACACCAUGCACAAAGUAUUUAGGAAGAUAAGGAUUACCUUAGUUUUACUUUUAACAAAAAAAAUCCGAUGUCACUAAUACUUUCGUAUUUCUUAAGAACUGCUCAUUAGUAGCGUUAAAAGACAAAAUGUUAUAUAUUUUGAGGGAGAAACCUUAUAGCUGUGGAAGAAGUCAAGACAUACAUGAUACCAGGUAUGUAACAAAAAUUUGCUGUCAGUUGUAAACCACAUAAUAGUAGGAGUAGUCAGUAUAAUGAAACUGUAAAUAAUGUAUAAAGUAAUGUAUAAAUAAUACAGAUAUAAAAUAUAAAUAUAAAAAUAAUGUAUAAAACCAAAUUUAAAAUAUCUAAUGUAGGUUAGAUUUUUUUUACAAUAUCUUUGGUCAUUGUUGCUGUGUAUUUGCAUGUCCUACUUUGGUAGUUGAUGUUUAAUGCCAAGAUCAUUGUACACCAUCAAGAGGAUGGCAAAGAUAAUAUGGAAACAGUAGUAUUAACACCUCAUUCCAGGAGUUUGUUUUAUAACUUAUCUGCAAUACAGUGGUGAUGUAUCUUUACUUUUCAUUUGGGCAUUAUCAUCUCUAGAAUGUUCCAGGCUGCUACUACACUCUGAGUAUUUAGGUGUAACAUUGACAAAUGGUCACAGACAUACAAAUGCAUUUAUAUUGAAGUACAUGAGAUGAUUCAUAGGCUACUGCAUCAGCAAAACAGUUUACAACCCUUUUUUUAUAGAUUACAUUACUGCAGUGAAGUCACUGAAGAGAUAUGUUUUAUUUAACACUCACAUUAUUUGACACUUAGUUCUACUAAGAAACUUAUCAGUGGAAAGAGAGAGUUGGCCAUCAGUAAAUCAAAACACAGAGAGUAGACGGUGUCUGACAUGAGUUAUCAAAUUUUGUGGUAGACACAUUAUAGGCAUGCAGCUGUUGCUGCAGAUGAACAUUCAUAGUAAUUUUCAAAAAUGAAAUAAAAAUGGAUUCACUAGCUACAACAAAAUUUUAACAGCAAUAAAACUAUUUUAUUUUGGUAGAGGUAUUCAGAAUGGAAGUAAAACAUGUGAGUAUUAGUACUCCCAGAACAAAGCUAUUGAGUAUGAGUCAACAUCAUUAUUAGCAACAAAUGCAAGUGAGCAUUGAACUGAACCUGCUAGUUUUAUCACUCAAGUAAUGCACAAAGUAUUGGUGUAACGAUCAUGAAGUUCAAAAUUUCAGGCUUGUAGAAAACCAAUAUAGAAGCUUGAAUAGUCCAGAAAGUUUCUAAUGAAUCAAAUUUUUGGGAAGCUUGGCCAAUAAAUUUUGAAUAAGUUUCUGUAGAUAACAUUUGCCCUUAAAAUCAAGAUCCUUUACAAAGGCAGUGGCUACUCCAAGUAAUUUUGAAGCGUGUUCUUCCUGUUGUACACCAAAACACCAUAUUUCACUUAUAAAAUGAUUCAAGAAACAACAUACUGAAGCUUUAUUCAGAAAAUUUGUGUGUCAGAUUCACUUUUCUGACAGAACAAGAGGACUAAAAUCAGUAUUUUAAAUGCAGCUUCCUUCAUCAUAAAUGCCCGGGAUGGAAUAAUAAACAGCCCUUUGUGUAUCAAAUAGAACCUGAUUUCUUUCUUUUCUUUAAGUAUCAACAGGAGUUAAAUUUAAAAAAUGGGAAGGAAGGAAGAUUAUGGUUUAAUAUUCCAUUGACAACCAGGUCAUUAGAGAUGGAGCACAAGCUCAGUUUGUUUUCAGGAAGGGGAAUGUGACCAGCCAUGUCCUUUCAAAGGUACCUUCCCAUCAUUUUAGAAAAAUCACAGAAAACCUGAAUUAGAAAAAGUGGUACUUGCUAUAAAGAUUAUUUCAAUCUGAUGUAUCAUAAAGAUUAUUUCAGUUUGAUAAGGAUUGUGUGUAGGAACUUGUUUGAAGUCAUUAUAGUAAAAUCAGUCAUUAUAGUAAAAUCUGUCUUUCUGACAUGUUCCACACCCAUGAGAAUCAUCUCAGUUUUUGGGUCUAACUGAAUCUAAUCUAAUCUAAGAAUCUUGAGUGCUGUGAAGCGUUAGAAAUGUUCAUAUACAUGGAAAUGUACAUGGAAAAUUAGACCAAUUAUGCCAACUGAAGUUAAAGAAAUUGUAUUCCAUUGGUUGAAUGUGCAGUAUGAUAAUCAGAAUCUCAUCCCAACACUACUGAUUCAUUGUAAUCAUGUCAUCUUAUUAAUUAAUUAUUUGACAAAA